AUGCUGCUUCCUCGCCCGCGGGAAUUCGGAAACGAGCCCGACAAUCCUAGAAUCACUGUUUGGACAGAACUAUUAGUCCCACCUAGAGAGGAGCUUGAUACUACCCAAUGGGCUCAAUAUUUCCAACCGCUGGUUCAGCAUCCAGACCACAGGGGCUCUGUGUGGGCAAGGGUCCAGGAGCGUCCUAAUAUAGUUAUCCUGGAGAAUCUUGGGGCUAGAGGAAUAGUACCUGUGGCCUCUUAUGAGGUAGUCUACUUUUCGGCACCUAUGACAGAAGCCCAGCGGGCCCAAAUCUCCCAACUUAAGGGUAUAUGCCCACCAGCUAUGGGGUUUAGUAUUCCUCAUCGUGAACUCGACCAGUCACAUCAUCCCGAGCACCAGGAAGUCCAGUUAAUACUAUGGCCGCAUUUUUGGCAGGAUGCAAAGAAGGCCGAGUAUAGGAAUAGCUAUACAGACAUUAUUGAGUAUAGCUGUGUAGUUGGUUACCGAACUAUAAUAGAGGAUUUUAGCGCCAAGCUUGAAGAAGUAGGCCCAGUGGAAUGGAAAGAAGAGUUUUGUGAUUUUUAG